AAGCUAUCAUACCUGGAUCAAUCAGUCACACCUGGACUGACAAAUCACACCUGGAACAUUCAGCUACACCUGGAUCAAUCAGCCACACCUGGACUGACAAAUCACACCUGGAUGAAUCAGUCACACCUGGACUGACAAAUCACACCUGGAUGAAUCAGUCACACCUGGACUGACAAAUCACACCUGGAUCAUUCAGCUACACCUGGAUCAAUCAGUCACACCUGGACUAACAAAUCACACCUGGAUCAAUCAGUCACAGCUGGAUCAUUCAGCUACACCUGGAUCAUAAAUCACCCGGACAAUGUCUUCCUCAACAUCAUCCCCAGGAGUUGGAGGUCAGAUGGUCACUCAGGUGAACAUGGUCGCCCUUGGGGUGGUUCAGAUCAUGAUCGGUUUGGUGGUGUUUUUGUUUGGGAUCCCCUUCGCACUUGAAGGGUGGUCUAUUUUGGUGACGCAUAGUGGUACAUUUGUUUGGGGAGCUCUGCUGUACAUGGUCACCGGCUCAUUAACACUGGCUGCUGGGAAAUUUUCUAACAUCUGCAUGAUGAAAGCUGCACGGAGCUUAAGCAUAUCUUCUGCUGUAACUUCACUGAUCACAGCUGUGCUUCAGUCUGUGGAUGCGUCAGUGGCACCGAGCACGGAAUUCCUGGGGGUCCUUUCUGUGUUCCACUUUCUGCAGUGUGCUGUCUCAAUCACGGUCACUGUGUUCUCUUUUUUAAUUAUCGGUGACUGUAAAUGUGACAAACAGGCUCCGACCAUCACCUUUGCCAAUGGAAACGCAUCAGUGGCUGCACAGGCUCCGCCUACUCAAGCCGAGCUCCCCUGAACAGAUGUCUGAAUGUUCAACAUAAAGUUAGAUCAGCUGAAGAGACCACUGAUUUACCAAUAAUAUAUCAUUAAAAAGAAAUGAUCAAUACCCCAUCACUGUAUGGGAUUAUGAACAUGAAUAAAUCCACUGAACAUGCUCUCUUCAUACUCUGAUCACACCACAGUGGUUAUUAAAUCUAUUAAAUUUCAUCAUCAUUCAUCUUUGAUCAGU